AUGAACAUAUCGAAGCCCACACCGAUUCAGGAGAAGGCGAUCCCCCAUCUGCUUGAAGGACGCGACUUGAUCGGUCAGGCCCGUACCGGUUCCGGAAAGACUCUGGCCUACGCUGUACCUCUGGCAGAGAAGUGCGAACCGACGGUCCGGGCGGUCCAGGCGUUGGUGCUUACGCCCACCCGAGAGCUGGCGAUCCAGGUGGCCGGGGUCAUAGAAGCCCUGGUCUCUGCGCAAAAACUCAGCGUUGCGCUUCUGUAUGGAGGUCGGUCUCUAAGGCCGGAGUACAAAGCAUUGAGGAACCGGCCCCAGAUCAUCAUCGGCACCCCGGGCCGGACUCUGGACCAUCUAAGGCAAGGGACACUGGACCUGGGUUCGGUGCGAUUUUUGGUGCUUGACGAAGCUGACGAAAUGCUGGAUAGGGGAUUCGCGCCCGACGUCGAAGCAAUCAUCGGCCGGACACCCAACCCACGUCAGACGGCGCUAAUGUCCGCCACGAUGCCAGACUGGGUGGCCAGGACCGCCGCUAAGCAUCUCCACCAGCCGGUAAGAGCAGAGGUGGACGCAGGUAUGCAAGCGCCUCCCACCGUCGAGCAUCGGGUCUACAGCAUCCAGAAGAAUGACAAGAUGGAGGCACUGCGAACCCUGCUUGAUCGGUGCGACGGUACGCCGGUUAUUGUCUUUGGCAAGACCAAGCACGGCGUCAAAAAGCUGGCUAACCAACUCGAUUCGUUGGGCUACCCGGCAGCGGCGCUCCAGGGAAAUCUGAGCCAAAACGCCCGUGAGCGGGUGAUGACGGACUUCCGUUCCGGCGCCGCGUCUAUCCUGGUGGCAACGAAUGUGGCCGCCAGGGGCCUGGAUUUUGAGGAUAUCGGACAGGUUAUCAACUACGACCUGCCAGACUCGGAGCAGUCGUUCACCCACCGCGUGGGGCGGACUGGCCGCAUGGGCCGCGCCGGCGAGUCAAUAACGUUCAUUACACAGGAAGAAGAACGGAAAUGGCGUGAGAUCGAGCGCGGUCUGGGCCGCCGGUUUGCCCGCCAAGCCUGGCACCGGGCCCGCUAG